AUGGUCCAGCGGCCGCUGAAGAAUGUUAAGCUGCACAAGAAACCUACAAAGUACAAAAGAAUACUAAAAAGAGCAAAGAGCGAAAGCGAAUUGAUAACGAAGGAAAUCAACAAGGGGAUAAUCGAGAAGUAUAGGUCCUUAUAUGAAAAGAAGAAAAGUUCCAGUCUUAAAUAG